AUGUUUGUUCGUCUUUUCGGUCACAUGAUUGAGAAAUGCAAGUUCAACUUUUCCACUUCUUACAAGUUCUUACUUUGCUUUUCAUCUGCUCAAAGCUCUCUCAUUUUCAAUUUUUGGAAAGUGUUGCUGCAAUUCAAGUUUUUACUUUGCUCUUCAUCUACUCAAAGCUCUUCUCAUCUUCAAUUUUCGGAGAGUGUUGCUUCAAUUUCAAGAUUCAUUGUCCGAGGAAAAAUGAAGAAUAAGGGGAAGCUAUUUUGGCUAAAGGGUACCAACAGGACAAUCUCUGCGGAGAGUUUAAUGGGAAGACAUUUGAAUGGAUGAAAGUUCCUUUGCAUCAACUAUAGAAGAUAUAUUUAGUUUUUGAGCUCCUGUUAUUUAACUGGAACUACAAUGAUGAUAAAAUUUCUUAUAUAUGUUUUUAUGCAUUAUUCAAUGACAAUAAGAAUCAAAGCUCAAAUUUUCCUUU